AUGAAGAUGGCCAAAAUGUACACCCUAGAGGACGUUCGCAGCCGCGCGUCCUACUCUGCCAAGUCGGCCACUGACAAGAUUGAGAAGCAGCACAAGUCGCAAGCAUUUCUAAAUCGCCUUGGCACCUUUGUCCGCAUGGUGGAAAAGCCAAGCAGCGAUGUUUCUGAUGCAGCCCUUUACAACUUCCGCAAGCGUAACUGUCUCCCCGCCUUUGAUCGGAUGUUCGACAAAGGAGCCAUCGAACGCAACAAAGCCAAAGCAAUCAUCAACAUCGACAGAAGCAAAUGUCGGUACCAAGCGGAAGACGAUCCCAUUAACCCGGGAAACUUCAUCAUCAAGUAUCGGAACAAUGAAGAAGUGGGAACGGAAUUCUUGCGAUUGACAACAAAGUCUGUGGAGCUUGUUGAAACCAUUCACUGUGGAUUCCUCGACGGAAGCAUCAACAAAGAUUUCACCAUGAAACAGCUCACUGGUUUCCUCAAGCACAACAUUCACUUUGACGCCACCCAUGAGCUGCCUUUGGUGCUAUUGGAUCCCGAACAGCCUGACGAUGAUGUCUUCGUGACCAUGGAGAAACUCAUUGACAAUGAUCGGUACUUGGCGGCCUUGCAGUGUCUUGCUAUGAGUGAUGUCUACACCGGGGACAUGGGGGGUGGACGCAACAAGUUCUCUGAUGAGUGCAUCAAAGCUAUAAUCCAAGUCGUUGGAUUGAUUUCCAAUGCACUCAAGUUGGAAGAUGAAGCCGAACGCCAACAAGCAUUGGAUCAAGCGGAAGAAGUCCGAAACCGUCUCCAUGGAGAAGUCAGUGGAGGUGUACCGGACUUUAGCUUCUUCUUUUUUGUGGACACCAGCCAGCUGCGUUUUCAGACGGAUGGUUGUCGCAAAGUGCUUUUUCGCCGUGAAUGUCCACAAUCAUCUCAUGCCAAGAAAAUGGCACCCAAAACAGGGUCGAAUAUGUUGUUGGUAGCUCUGAAGGCUAUUCUCGACAGCAACAAUGGCAAGAUUUCUGAGAGUGUUGCCCUGGUUCUCCUUGAAAAGUCCUUCGACAUUGUCAAUGUUCAUGAGUUCUACCUCCUAUUCAAGGACCACCCUGCUUACCACGAAGCCUCUUGUACUCUUGCGCCCCUUCCAUCACGUACAACAAACCAAGAUGAUCUUCCUGAGUUGAAGGUUGGUUCUGUGUCAUCUGUGGAGACUGUCAAUGUCAAUGACGAUGCCAUUGAUAAUGGGACUGUGGUACGUGAUGGUGUCAUUGACAAUCAGCUUCAGUUGGCAUUCUUUGAAGGCGAGGAGCACACAGUUACAGUUGACCCCGUUGAAGCCAAAGCCAACUUUGGUCGAGAGCUUGCCCUCUCUCCUGGUGAGCGUGACAAUAUCAAGUUGAUGCAGCUCUCACAGAUGGUUUGGAUUGCUGGUCAGCAAGGUUCCGAAAAGACUCGGGCAGAUGAAAUCAAGCGUCGUGACCAGAAUGAUCACAAUCGUUUGAUGCUGGAUGCAGCUCGCUUGAAGGUGGAAGCUGAUGCCAAGAAAGCAGCAGCCAAGUUGGAACAAAAGCGUCUGAAAGCAGCAGCCAAGGCGGAACAAAAGCGUCUGCAGAUUGAAGAUGAUGCCAAGAAAGCAGCAGCCAAGGCGGAAGAAAAGCGUCAGCAGAUUGAUGCUGAUCGUUUGCAGCUUGAAGCAGAUCGGGAGCAGCGAAAUCACAAUCUCUUCGCCCAGUUGCUUCAGCAAAACCAGCAGUUGAUUCAGCAAGGCCAGGAAACCACUAGUGUCGUCCGCGCCACCUACAAGGUUGUCACUUCCAAAAAACACCGACCACCCCAUGUUGAGCAGUUCAAUCAAGAGACCAUGCAAUCUAUGGAAGGCCAAGUCUUGUUCCAUCAGGGUGCUGCAGGCACUCCAACUGCUCCUAACAACAUGCAGAGUGGUGUGCCAUCAUCUGCUGUUUCCUCUGGCGACACCUUGCAGCAUGACCCUGAUACCGAACUGUCCAUUCCUGGUGCUGUCCCUGCUGAAAUGCCUCCCAUUUCUGCCCCCAACCCACCUGGUGCCCUGACUGAGGUAUCAUGUACCGGCAUCUCCACUGGAGAAAUCACAACACCACCUCGCGUCCAAUCUCUUGCCUCUGGGAUUGGUACACAAGGUAACAUUCGAGUUGUGGUCGAGACUGUCACUGAGAGCCCUGCUUCAUUUCAUUCUUCGCAGUCGCACUUCAGAGAUUCCAACUUGACUUUUGCUGCCAUGAAUACUGGAGACAUCGACACUUUGAUGCAUGGUACUGAGUCUGGGCUGGAAAAUGAUGAAAGUGGCAACAAGUCCACUGCCGAAUCCGUUGACGAAGUGAUAGAUGGCAAUGGAAGUGUUGCAUCCAGUGAUGACAGCAAGAGCUCGGUCACGUCCAAUCCCAACAGCCAUUGUGAUGGAAGUGCUGCAUCCAGUGAUGACAGCAAGAGCUCGAAACCGUCCAAUCCCAACAGCGAUGGUGAUGGAAGUGCUGCAUCCAGUGAUGACAGCAAGAGCUUGGUCAUGUCCAAUCCCAACAGCGGUGGUGAUGGAAGUGCUGCAUCCAGUGGUGACAGCAAGAGCUCGGUCACGUUGGACUCCAAGACUCUCAGUGUCAAAGUUGGCUCCAACAAAGAAGCGUCUCUUGAGGAGCAUUUUACCCCCAUGUCUGGAGAAGGCGGCAACACAGGUGAAGAGGUGCCCACCAUCGUCAUGACUCACGCUCCCAUGCCCCCAGACACUAUGAGUGGAGGAUCUCUGAAGGACAGUGAAGAAGAUGAUGCCAAAGUUGAAGAAGAUGGCUCAAUCAACUCCUCUGCAGAACUGUCCACAGCAAAGGAUAAGAAUCAGAAGACCAAGAAGACAAUUGUCCAACGCAUAUAUGGUGGAUUCAGCAUAUUUUCUCCAUUUGGAAAGAAGGAAGAAGCUGAGCCUGAAUUUCCCACACCUGAGACAACUUCUCCUACCGGUACCAGUACCCAAGGUGGAGGAGAUAGUGGCAGUGCUGCUGGUGCCCCUUCCAGUCCCAAACCCAAGAAGAAAGUUGCUUUCCGGUCACCUGGAAGUCUCGCUCGAACCUUCCUUUUUUCAUCCUUGGAACCUGAACGUGAAGAGCCUGAAAUAGAUACAGUCCUGUUCGAUGGCAAGCAACGACUUGUUAUCAAUGGAUUUUUGAUCCCUCUAACAAAGAAGGGCUCCCCAUGCCAACACUGUGAAAAUGCCGCAAAGGGAGUCAAGGUUUUCUGCGGCAAGCACCGCAGCAAGGGAACAAAGGACCAAGCAGCCUUCCAUGCUGCACGAGAGUCGGCAAGGAAACGACUUGAUGCGGAUGUUCUUGGGGACCCAGAAAGCCGUUCUUUUCAGAACGUGAACCCACAGAACAUUGAUGGUGUAAUGUUGCCUCCAUCUGGGUUUGAUAGGGUGGAUUGAAGAGUGAGACCUUUGUUGGCAACAAUAUUUAGCGUAACACUUAGCUGCUUGAACAUUUUGGUUGUGUUGCUUUCUGUUUAAUAAUAGUUGUAAUGUUGUUUGUGGCUGUGCUCUAUCUAGUCUCAUCUAUUGCUGCCAAGCUUGGCUGGGUUAGGGGUGCCC